UUUAAUAGUUUAAAAAUAUUACAAUUCAUCAAGUACAGCACAAGCAACAAAAGCCAAGUGUUCCACAAUUCAGAUGUUUGUCACAUAUCAGCAGGUUUGAAACUUGAGACGUGUGUUGGUGCAAGUGGGAAGAACAGAUUAUUGGAGUCAAGCCUCUACCAUGGAGAGCAGAGGAAUGAUUUUUUCCAAAAAUGACCUAUUGCCCAAGCAUUGGGAAAAUACUAAACUUCAUGGAAUCAGGGUCAAAUCCUAGCAGCAUCAACAACUGAGCCCUUCAUCCUGCUGACAUGGAAAAAGAUAUUGCUGACAUCAUGAACUGGAACAAAGGUGGACCUGGCACCAAAAGAGGCUUUGGUUUUGGAGGAUUUGCCAUAGCCCCUGGAAAGAAAGAAGAACCAAAACUCCCUUCACAGUCCCAUAGUGCUUUUGGAACACCUGGCUCUUCAGCUGCGUUUGGGAAGUCAGCACCGCCUCAGCUCCCUUCUUUCUACAAAAUUGGAUCAAAGCGAGCAAACUUCGAUGAGGAGAAUGCAUACUUUGAGGAUGAAGAGGAAGAUUCCAGCAAUGUGGAUUUGCCAUACAUUCCUGCAGAGAAUUCCCCCACUCGCCAGCAGUUUAAUUCCAAAUCAGGAGACUCUGACAGUGAAGAUGAUCCCUUGGAAGCAUUCAUGGCUGAAGUGGAGGAUCAAGCAGCUCGAGACAUGAAGAGACUUGAAGAGAAAGACAAGGAAAGAAAGAAUACAAAGGGUAUUCGAGAUGACAUUGAAGAGGAAGAUGACCAAGAAGCUUAUUUUCGCUACAUGGCAGAAAACCCUACUGCUGGUGUGGUCCCAGAAGAGGAAGAGGAUAACUUGGAAUAUGAUAGUGAUGGGAAUCCAAUUGCACCGUCCAAAAAAGUCAUAGAUCCUCUUCCACCUAUUGAUCAUUCAGAGAUUGAAUACCCUCCAUUUGAGAAGAACUUCUACGAGGAGCACGAAGAAAUCAGCAGCCUCACCCCACAGCAGAUAGUGGAACUACGACAUAAGCUGAAUCUACGGGUCUCUGGUGCGGCUCCCCCCAGACCUGGCAGUAGUUUUGCUCAUUUCGGAUUUGAUGAACAGCUUAUGCAUCAAAUUCGGAAAUCUGAGUAUACCCAGCCCACUCCUAUACAGUGUCAGGGUGUUCCGGUUGCAUUAAGCGGCAGAGACAUGAUUGGCAUAGCUAAGACUGGCAGUGGGAAAACCGCAGCCUUCAUCUGGCCAAUGUUGAUCCACAUCAUGGAUCAAAAGGAGUUGGAGCCAGGGGAUGGUCCCAUUGCAGUGAUUGUGUGCCCAACCAGAGAGCUUUGCCAACAGAUCCAUGCUGAAUGUAAACGUUUUGGUAAAGCGUAUAACUUGCGCUCGGUAGCGGUGUAUGGAGGAGGAAGUAUGUGGGAACAAGCCAAAGCUCUACAGGAAGGGGCAGAGAUAGUCGUCUGCACACCAGGUCGCUUGAUUGAUCAUGUGAAGAAGAAAGCUACCAAUCUUCAAAGAGUCUCUUAUCUUGUGUUUGAUGAAGCAGACAGAAUGUUUGACAUGGGUUUCGAAUACCAAGUGAGAUCAGUUGCCAGCCAUGUGCGCCCUGACAGACAAACUCUCUUGUUCAGUGCCACUUUUCGUAAAAAGAUUGAGAAGUUGGCCAGAGAUAUCCUGAUCGACCCGAUUCGAGUGGUGCAGGGAGACAUUGGAGAGGCAAAUGAAGAUGUUACCCAAAUUGUGGAGAUUCUCCCCUCCGGCCCUAGCAAGUGGAACUGGCUGACCAGGCACCUGGUGGAGUUCACUUCUUCUGGGAGUGUUCUUCUAUUUGUCACCAAGAAAGCGAAUGCAGAGGAGCUGGCCAAUAACCUUAAGCAGGAGGAUCAUAACCUAGGGCUGCUUCACGGAGACAUGGACCAGAGCGAAAGGAAUAAAGUCAUUUCAGACUUUAAGAAAAAGGGGAUCCCAAUUCUGGUUGCUACUGAUGUGGCAGCUCGUGGUCUGGAUAUUCCUUCCAUUAAGACUGUGGUCAAUUACGAUGUGGCCCGUGACAUAGACACCCACACGCACAGAAUUGGACGUACUGGCAGGGCUGGUGAGAAAGGAAUAGCUUACACUUUACUGACUCCCAAGGAUAGUAAUUUUGCUGGUGACCUUGUCAGAAAUAUGGAAGGAGCCAAUCAACAUGUUUCAAAAGAACUCUUGGACCUUGCAAUGCAGAAUGCCUGGUUCCGGAAAUCCCGUUUCAAGGGAGGGAAAGGCAAGAAGCUGAACAUUGGCGGUGGUGGCUUAGGAUACCGCGAACGCCCUGGCCUGGGUUCAGAUGGCUCUGACCGUGGGAGCAGCAGCAAUGUGAUGAGUAACUAUGAGGCGUACAAGCCAUCCACUGGGGCAAUGGGAGACAGACUGUCUGCAAUGAAAGCAGCAUUUCAGUCACAAUACAAGAGCCACUUUGUUGCUGCCAGCUUAAACAACCAGAAAACUGGUAGCUCUGCUGCUGGGGCCAGUGGAUGGACCAGCGCCGGGAGCUUGAAUUCAGUACCAACAAAUUCAGCACAGCAGAAUGCUGCAAGUCCUGACAGUCCGAUUGCCGCUGCUGCAGUAAAGGGAAUCCCAGGCUUUACCAGUGCUGGGAACCUGAGCAGUGUACCUGGCUAUCCAGGUGUUGGAAUUCAGGGAUACAAUAGCACAAGUGCCAGCAUCAACAGCAGAGAAGGUGGCAACGGCGGUGGCGGUGGUGGAGGUGGAGGAGGAGGAGGUGGUGGUGGCGGCGGUGGCGGCAGAGAACGAUACAGUGACAACAGAAGCAAUCGCCACAAUGACAGUCCGGCGCGCCAUGGAGAUGGUAGUGGUCGCCACAGUGACAGUCAGCGCCAUGGAGAUGGUGGUGGUCGCCAUAGCGAUGGCUAUCGCCAGGGAGACAACCGCCAUGGGGACAGUCACCGCCACAAUGAAAACCGCCACUCUAGUGGUGGAAGCAACAGUAGCCGACAUGGUGACGGCCGCAAUAACGGUGAUGGCCGCAAUAUGGGUGAUGGUAGAAACAACGAGAGCAGGAUCAAUGAGAACAAGAAAGAUGGCAGCAACCGGGACAGCAAGACGGAUGGUUUUGCUGUCCCCGAGCCCCCAAAGCGCAAGAAGAGCCGAUGGGACAGUUAAAAGCUGAUGCGUCGUAACCUGGGAUCCACACAGGCAGUGAUGUCUUUUUAAGGAAGAUCUUGGGUUUUGAUAACUGGUUAUUGAGGAGAGGGGAAGGAAACAUGCAAACUUCCCAUGUGAGUCGGUGUUGGUACAUUUGCAGACAGCUUCACUCUAAUGACAUGUAAACACAAUGCUUCUGUGAGAGAGAAAUCAUUUUUAUAGAGCUCCUGAGUUCUGCAUUUAAAAAUUCGUCCACUCAAGUGACUUUCUGCUGGAUUUAAAAACAGAUCUCGUUAGCAGGAAAGAGGCCGUUUGUUCCACACACAGAACAUUCAGAAACUUGUCGUCCAGAAAAGUUUAAGGUAGUCUGUUUUCUUUAAUCAAUGUAGAUGUUAAAAGCCAGUCCAUCUAGAGAUGCUCAGGACCCACCUGUUUAAGCAUAAUCUUUCAAUGAGUUGCGUGAUACCAAGGUCUCCGAUCUAUUCCUCCCCCAUAUUCUCUUCCAGCCCCCACAUAAUUUGGUCUCAAAAUCACCCCCCUAGUUAAGAAUGUAUCCAUGGCCAGAUAUAAAAGGUUAAUUUCACCAAGCAGUUUAAGGGAUUCUUGUCUGGUCCAAUUUACCAUAAUUCUACACGUAAUGUAGGACAGAAUCCUUAGCCAGUUUGUAGCAAAUGAACUGUUGCCUUUGCACCGGCUGGCUUUUAUUUUUGAAAGAUCCCACUUACGUAACAACCUUCCCUGCCUAGCGAGCGUGUAUCUCUGUUGUGCCCGUUUGCUCACUGAGAGAGGGCUAAUUGCUUUCUCAGAGAAAAGGGAAGCCCUUUGAUAUAUGCCACUUUAAUCAUGGUCCAAUGUCCCCUUAUGAGACAAAACUAACCACAGGGAAGGGGAACUUGUUCUUAAAUCCAGGGACCUGCUGCUGAUAAGCCUCUAGGAAGAACCUAUAGAAGUAAGUAGUAAAGUGGGGUGGCUCAAAAAUCGCCCAGUAUCGGAGACGUGUAGUAAAAAUGUAAAAUCUCGCUUGACUGAUUUUAACUCUUAACUGCUGUCGUGUGUAUUCCCUGGGUUCCCCCCCCCCUUUUUUUUUUAAAUUUUUUUUGCCAUAAUGGUAGGAAAAAAAAAAACUUUUUGCUGAAACAGUUCUGUUCUCAUCUCGAUCUUGUUUCUACGAAGAGAAGUAUCGGAAACUGUGUCAGGUUUUUGUGACAUUGUGACGUUUUCUUUAUCAGCUGUUCAUUUACUUUCUGCUUGCUCUAGUAAAUGUUUUAUUAUUGGGAUACGUACCUAG